CAGGUGAAGACCAAACCCUGCCACAGGGGUUGGAGAACAGCGGGCCUGCUGCUGUUGCUGACACUGGUCACUGCAGGAGCCAUGGCAGGAGGGCUUCUUGGCUUCACGUACAACCCUCCCAAGCCUUUGUUGCAGAUGCUCCGAAAGACCUCAAGCUCCAGGGUACCCUGGCCCAACCAAACCACUCUAGUGGACGUGGCCCAGAACAUGGCAACUAUAGUGGUGACUCCGCUUCAGAGCAACCACAGCUGGGCUGUGCUGUUUGACGGGCAAAGUGGCUACAUCUGUUACCGCCCUGCAGAGCACCAGGCCUGCUUCCUCCGGCUGAUGGAAGCCCAAGAUCGGGAGACCCUAAGGCUGCUGGUAAACACUUCCAGGGCCCAGGAGUCCCAUGUACCUGGCCAAGAGACCCACUAUGCGCAGGAGCUGCUGGCAGUUUUGGGGGGCCAAACUGUGGACCCUGCCCAAGUGGGAGCUUCGGUGCAACACCUUUGCGUGGACACUCCCAUCUACUGGGCCCGACGAGCAGAGGGGCCCCAGAGACAGCGGCUGAUCUACCUCUGCAUUGACAUCUGCUUCCCGAGCAACAUCUGUGUGUCUGUCUGCUUUUAUUACCUUCCAGACUAAGCCCCUUACAGAGCCCUCCCGGCUUUUGGUCCCCACAGGCCGCU